AGUUUACUACUUAAUUAAUUUUUUCCUCACUGACAUCUUGGUGCAAUGGGAUUUAAGUAUGAAGUGACACAGAGGCCAAAUUCCCUCAGAUCACCAACAAAGGGAAGAUUAAGGAUUCCCAAACAAAUUGAGACAAAGGCAGCCAUGGAGAGCUCGUCGGUGUACAUGUGUUUCCCAUGCUACCGGGAGUUUCCCACACUAGAGGAAGUGCUGACACACCAGCUGACCUGCACUGCUGAGAACACACAACCUCUGACUGUUAGCACUGCUUUAGAGGCUGCUGCCAUCUCUGCUGGUCUACCAGAGCUGGAAGCUCAGUAUGUUCCUGAGGUUCAGAGUGAGAGGAAUGCUAUAUUAUCCUCAGAUGUGCCUCGUGUCCUCUACCAGUGUGCCGACUGCGAGCUCCUAUUUGAUGCCCUCUUGCUGUGGCAGCAGCACCGUAAGCUUGGCUGUGGUCUAGAACCUGGAGCUGAACCUGGAGCUGAACCUGAAGCUGAACUUGAAUCUAGGCCUGAGGAAGUGGCUGCCAAUUUAGUGUCACAAGCAGUCAGCCAGUUGAUCACAGAUGAGAGCGAAGUAUACGAUGACUAUAAUGACCAGCCAGUUGAGUCGGAGGGAGGAGCCAACCACGUAGAACGCGUGGAGAUUUUUACGCCAGUGAACAAAGAGUUAACAGAAAUCAGUCCUGAAGGUGAUCCACAUCUCAGUUUACCAGGCAGCAGUGAUCUUCCUGAGGAGCCUGCACCUCAGCCGCCAGAGUGCACCGAGCCUGUGCAGGAACCAAGCCCGCAAGUAAGACGGAGAGGCCAGAAGAAGGUCAAGCCUCCCUCUAGCCUGCUGUGUGUGGAGUGCGGCCGCUGCUUCAGCUUGACUUCAGAGUUGGUGACUCAUCGGAAGACAGCGCACAACCUGAAGGAAGCCAUUCACCUGUGCAACGUGUGUGGUGAGGGCUUCCUCAACACCACACUCUUCCUCUACCAUCGCAAACAGCACCGCAGUCAAACGUUGGAAGACGAGCAGAAAGAGGUGGAGGUGCCCCAGCUCUCCACCGCCCUGCUGGAGGCCUCGGGUGAAGGUCUGCUCUUGCUUGCAACGGCUGGAGAAGGCCAGAGUCUGAUGGAGAUCACCGGCCUUGAGCGGACAGUGUCCGAGGCUGUUCCAAUGCCUCAGGUGGAGGUGGAGCUCGAUCCUGAAAUAAGAGGCGAGGUCAUGCAAGCAAGCAGAGAUGAACUUGUGCCACAGGUAGUCGAAAGAGAACAAAUAGAGGAGACAGAAGUUGAGGAGUUUGUCAGCAUGGAAGAGGAGGUAGUUGAAAGCAGAGCUGAGCCCAUGGAUGAGGAAGUAGUCGAGGAGAAACAAGUGGAAACUGAGACCAGUAAUGUGGGCAUGGCACAGACAGAGGAGGCAAUAACUUCAGUGCUUUCUGCACAGCAGACUUUUCUGUGUAGUCAGUGUGGGUGCUCUUUUAAUGCCGAGCAAGAGUUAGCAAAGCACCGCACAAAUGAGCACGGCUUAGCAGAGGCGCUGCACAGUUGCACAGAGUGUGGCCUGGAGUUUAUGAGCACCACACAUUUUCUGUACCAUCGCAGAGAACAUCGCAAGAAUAUACCCUCUCCUUCUUCUAGACUAAACGCCACUCUCACCUCUCUGGCCAAACAUCCUCCUCUGUCCCCCGCCCUCCUGCUUCGAAGGCCAGAAAACUCGAGUGAAUCGACGCUGCCCGAUGCAACCCUCGAGGCCACAGCCAAGCUGAGCCGUGAUUGGUCACGCACACCGCUUCCCCAUGAGUGCCCACACUGUGGGCAGGGCUUCACGCGGCGCAGCCUCCUGCGCGAACAUGUCUUCCAGCAUACCGGCGAGAAGCUUUUCAACUGCAACGUGUGCAACAAGAGUUUCCCAACUCCCGCUGGCCUGCUGCGCCACAGCUUGUGCCACGGUCCACCACGCUCCUUUACCUGCCCCGUCUGUUCCAAGACCUUCUCUCAGCCUGCCUCGCUCAAACGGCACAUGCUUAUCCACGAUGAGGGCUCAGAGAAGAGAGGCCAGGGGAGGAGCAGAGGCCGAGGUCGUCCUUCUGGAGACUCCUGUCUGCUCACCUGCCCCGACUGCCCAGCUAGCUUCAAGCUGGACUCACAACUUCAGCUGCACAGGCUGCUGCACACUAGUCACCCUUUCCCGUGCACCGUGUGUGGACAAGCGUUUCAGCGGCGGAAAGAGCUCGACCUGCACUCUCUCGUUCACCAAGAUAAGGAGCCUGUGGUGUGUGCUCAGUGUGGCUCUCAGUUCCUGAACCAGGCUGUAUUGGAUGUGCACAUGCAGCGCUGCACAGGAGAACCUACUCAGCGGCGCCGUUAUAAAGGUCAUGGGCGUGGCCGAGUUGGGGGUCAGCUUGAGUGCGAUAUGUGUGGCCACCGCUGUGUGACGCAGGACGGCCUGGACCUGCACCGGCUCUCACACACGGGCCAGACGCCGCUACGCUGCCCUCUGACACCCUGCAGGAAAAGAUUCGCCUCCAGCUCCUCCCUGGCACAGCACGUGGUGGCACACUGCCGUGCACCUCUGUCUAAGAGGAACACACCACGGCGCUACACGUGUAAUUUCUGCUCCAAGGAGUUUUCCUACGCCUCCACCUUCGCCGUGCACAUGCGCACACACACAGAUGAGAGGCCCUUUGAGUGCACUCAUUGUGGGAAGCGUUUUCGGCAGCUUCCCCACCUGCAGGACCACGAGCGUAUCCAUAGUGGCGAGCGGCCGUUUGUGUGUUGGGUCUGUGGGAAGAGCUUUAGCGUGGCAGCGCGGUUAGCCGAGCACGCCCGGGUGCACAGUGGCGAGCGUCCUUUUGCUUGUCCUCGUUGCCCCACUGCCUUCCGCUCGCGCCCCAAUCUCCACAAACACCUCCGCCUGCACGCCAGCGAUCUCGUUGACCCAAUCUCCGAAGCCAUUGCAGACCAGGACUCAGCCGUACAGACCAUCCUGCUGGUGCAGGAAGCCGCCUCACCCACGUCCUCGUCGGGCACGGCGUCUACCUCCACCAGCAUCCCUAUCAUCCAAGAGGGCACACUCAUGCCUGAGCAGCACGGUACCUCUGUGGUCUUCCUCCAUAACAACAUUGCAGUACCUACAGUUACCAUGCCCACCAUAUCAGUGAUGGCCGGCCAAGAAGUCCCGCACACCAUCGAGUUCAUUAUAGAGGAGACUGUGUAGAGAAGGGGGGGUGAUGGAGGGAAGGGAAAGGAGACAGAGAGAUUGGAGGAAUUUGUGAAAUGGCUUUAGAGAUGAGCACAGAGAUAACUUAAGGCUAUCUACUCACAAAAGAGAAGGAAAGAGGAUGAACUGAGGUUUAAACCUUACAGGAAAAAAAACCUUCCUUUCUGUAUGUGUACAAAAGAAAAUGUUUGCUGAUCCUCAGCUUAAACGGCUGUUACUUUCUGGGGACUAGCAGACCCACAACUCAUCGACCACACUGAAAUUAUAAGGAGGAAAAUUGAGCAUGGCGUUUAUGAUCUUGUAUAUAUUUCCACCACUCUGUCCUUAUUUGAGCUCCUGAUUAUUACCUUUGGCAUGAGUUGCUCAUAAAAUUUAUAGUGUGUGUUUUUAAUAAAACUGUUUGGCUUUCCAGGGUU